UCGUGAUAGCAUCAUCCCAGAUCAUCGUAAUUAUAAUAGGAACCAUCAGUGACGUCACAUGAAAGACCUCUGUACAUUUUGCCUGUGUUUUCACACCCCUGUAUCGAAUGCCUAGGAUAAUCCUCUACAUUCCAUGAUUCCAGACCUCUGCCUUGGGUUUUAUAUGAAAUAUCCAUCAGUAGAGGUCACAGAUAGGAACUCCAAGUUUAUACGUACCAUAAGAAAUGACAACUACAACACAGACAGGUGUGUCGCAGACUCCUGCAGAUUCUGAGAAAAGGAAAAUAGUACAGAUUUAACAUGUCGUCAUACUUCGAAGAACAUGGCUGCAGUCCUCUACAAAGAGGCGAGGUCCCUGAUCAUUUUCUACAUUUUGCACGUUUGAUACUUCGUGGAGGUUAUUGGCAGGAUAUGCAAAUAGAAUUUACUCAGCUCUUUGGGUUUGGAGACCGCCCACCCCCACCAGCUUCCAAGGACUUCAUAAAAAGCUUAGAGACAUUAACUAUAUCUGAAAAAGGAGGACAGUGUCCAGUGUGUUUAAAAGAGUGGAAGGAAGGGGAAGAAUAUAAAAGGCUUCCAUGUAAACAUAAAUUCCAUGACCCCUGCAUCAUGCCAUGGCUUGAAAAGACAAAUUCUUGCCCAAUGUGUAGACAUGAACUACCCACUGAUGAUGAAGAUUAUGAGGAAUACAGGAUACAAAAAAAAAGGGCAGUUGACCGAGAAGCUGAGUUAGAAAUUUUACACAACUCAAUGUUUUCAUAGUGUCAUCCUGUUUUUGUAUCAGUAUUAAUUCACAAGGCUUGCAUAGCAAGUUUUAAUGUAUAAACUACUUAGUAAAUCAUUACUGUAAUCUAUUCAUUACCAACAUAACUAAUACAGAAAGUUGGAAACACUGUAUAGGUUUGAUUAGAACUUUCAAGUAAUUCACAGCUUUUGUACAUUUGUGAAAAGUUUUUCUCUCACUGUGUGUAUUGUACAGAAAUAGACUUGCCUAAAGUUCAGAAAAACUAUCUAUUUUAGGUAACUCAAAGUAGACUGUCAUUCAUUACAUUGCAGAAUUGUGAGAAGAGUUUUGCUGUCAUUCUGUUGUGCAUUACAGUUAUAACAAAGCCUUGAGUUCAAGUCAACAUUAAGUUAUUUUUAAGACCAUUUUACCUGUUAAGAUCUGGUAUUAUAUGAAAUUAAUCUGCAUCAUUUAGAUUUCCACCGUCUUCUAAAAUGUAUCUGGUCAAACCAUUUUUGGUACAAUAAAUAUGAACAGAAGAAAGAA